AUGUCGGUGGCCAAGAUCGAGCACCCAGAGCUGAUCGACGAAGGCACGAAGAGACCCAAGAUGGGCGGCUUGCAUGAUCCGAGGAUGGGAACUAUCAACCGCAACUUCAAGUGUCAGACCUGCUCUGAGGGCAUGGCCGAGUGCCCUGGACAUUUUGGGCACAUUGAACUUGCCAAACCUGUUUAUUUGAAUGGUUUCCUUACCAAGGUCAAAAAGAUCCUUGAGUGCGUCUGUUACUCGUGCUCAAAGCUCAAGGUUGACGAUAAUAACAGCAAGUUUGUGCGAGCCCGCCGUAUUAGAGACCCCAAGGUCCGUCUGAAGGCGGUGUGGGAGCUCGCAAAAUCAAAGAUGGUGUGCGAGGGAGGUGACGACAUUGACGGAGAGAUGGGCGACGAGAUGGAGGUGGACGAACAUGGAAACCCACAGCCAAAGAAGAAGUCGCACGGGGGAUGUGGACACCGCCAACCAAUCUUUCGCAAGGAAGGACUCGGACUGAGCGUCAACUUUAAGGCGAAUGCCAACGAUGACUCUCAACCCGAAGGAAAGAGAACGCUUUCACCUAGCGACGCAUAUCACAUUUUAAAGCGUAUCUCGGACGAGGACGUUGAGGCAAUGGGAUUGUCGCCAGAGUUUGCGCGCCCUGAGUGGAUGAUCAUGACAGUGCUGCCGAUCCCUCCUCUCGCUGUACGCCCUAGUAUUCAAAUGGACGGAUCGAGCACAGGAGAGGAUGACUUGACGCAUAAGCUGUUUGCGAUCAUCAAGACUAAUGCGGACGUGUACAAGUGUGCACAGGACGGAACACCGGCGCAUUUGCUUCAGCAACAUGAACAACUGCUUCAGUACCAUGUUGCCACAUACAUGGACAACGACAUUGCUGGUCAGCCACCAGCAGCACACAAGAACGGAAGACCUCUCAAAUCGAUCCGUGCUCGUCUGAAGGGAAAGGAAGGUCGUCUUCGUGGAAACUUGAUGGGAAAGCGUGUGGAUUUUUCGGCUCGUACUGUCAUUACAGGAGACCCUAAUCUGUCGAUCGAUGAAGUCGGAGUUCCUCGCAGUAUUGCGCGCACUCUCACGUACCCAGAAUUGGUCACACCUUACAACAUCGACAAAUUGCAAGAGCUGGUCAGGAAUGGACCUACGGAGCAUCCUGGAGCAGUUUAUGUGAUCCGUGACGAUGGACAGCGUAUUGAUCUGCGGUGGAACAAGCGCGAGGUACCCUUGCAGCUUGGAUGGAAGGUAGAGCGCCACAUUAACGAUGGUGAUGUGGUCAUUUUCAACCGUCAGCCGUCGCUGCACAAGAUGUCGAUGAUGGGACAUAAAAUUCGCGUGAUGCCGUACUCGACCUUCCGACUGAAUCUGUCUGUCACAUCGCCAUAUAACGCCGAUUUUGACGGAGACGAAAUGAACCUGCACGUCCCACAGUCAGUGGAGACCCGCGCCGAGAUCACGGAGAUUUGCAUGGUCCCCAAGCAGAUUGUGUCACCCCAGUCAAACAAGCCAGUUAUGGGUAUUGUGCAGGAUACGUUGUGUGGAGUCCGCAAGUUUACGAAGCGCGAUUGUUUCUUGACCAAGGAGACGGUGAUGAACCUGGUGAUGUGGGUUCCUGGCUGGGAAGGAUUUCUGCCAACACCCGCGAUUUUAAAGCCCAAGCCGCUAUGGACCGGAAAGCAGAUGGUGAGCAUGAUUAUUCCCAAGGGCAUCAACUGUAUCACAUUUCAUUCGACACAUCCGGACAACGAAGUGAGUGACAUCUCGCCUGGAGACACCAAGGUCAUUGUGGAGAACGGCGAGCUGAUCUGCGGUAUUGUGUGCAAGAAAACGGUGGGAACAUCUGGAGGCGGCUUGAUCCACGUCAUUAUGAACCAACACGGCCCCGAAGUGGCAAAGACGUUCUUCAAUGGAUGCCAAACGGUCGUCAACUACUGGCUGUUGCACUACGGUUUCAGUAUU